GCGUUUAAGUAACUAUUCUCAAUAUGUCUGCGCUCGGUUGCUUCACGUGUCAGGGUUAGGGGUUCGAACAGGGCGAUAUAAAUACCGCUCUACCGAAUGUGAGCGGUCCAGUUUGACAAGAGGCCAGUUGUCCCGGAAAACUCAGCAAAGUCAGCAAGCUAAUAGCUAGCCUCCUUAACGGAACCCGCCGCUAGCUAGAAGUUAGCCGAUACCCCUCACUCGGUGACAAAGGGAAGACGUAUAACAAUAUAGCGUUACGUGUCUAUGAAGGGUUUCGUUGUGUUCGCGAGUUGUCUUGUAAAGUGACGCAAUUAACCGGAGGUCGAGUCGACGGGUGCGACAGCCCUUCGGACACGAAGAGGUUAAAAGCGGCGAGGAAGUGAAGUUCUAACGCGACGAAAACUCGCCCAAUUCUGCAGAUCCGUCAGGCGCGUGCGCGCUUCACUGGCACGGUACCCCCGUUCCGCUGUCUUAAGCGGGUGAGUGGAUCACAGACGCGGUGGUCAUAGAGCCCCUGUCGCUAUGGCUGCAAUCAGAAAGAAGCUGGUGAUCGUCGGUGACGGCGCCUGCGGCAAGACCUGUCUCCUCAUAGUGUUCAGCAAAGAUCAGUUUCCUGAGGUCUAUGUGCCCACGGUGUUUGAAAACUAUGUGGCAGAUAUUGAGGUGGACGGUAAACAGGUGGAGCUGGCUCUUUGGGACACAGCGGGUCAGGAGGACUACGACCGCCUGAGGCCUCUCUCCUACCCAGACACAGAUGUCAUCCUCAUGUGUUUCUCCAUCGACAGCCCUGACAGUUUGGAGAAUAUUCCAGAGAAGUGGACUCCCGAGGUCAAGCACUUCUGCCCCAACGUGCCCAUUAUUCUCGUAGGAAACAAGAAAGACCUGCGAAAUGACGAGCACACGCGCCGGGAGCUGGCUAAGAUGAAACAGGAGCCAGUGAAGUCAGACGAGGCGCGGGACAUGACUAACCGGAUCAAUGCCUUUGGUUACUUGGAGUGCUCGGCCAAGACGAAGGACGGCGUGCGGGAGGUGUUCGAGAUGGCCACUAGGGCGGCGCUGCAGGCCAAGAAGCGAGGCAAGAAGAGUGGCUGCCUCCUGCUAUAGAGUUUCGUGUCAUGCAGGAUCAGUAGGGGAGGGACAAACAAACCAGGCCAAAAAAACACAUCCCUCCUCCGUGUCUGCUUGUGUGGUGGGCACAAUUGAAUGGGGCGUUAUGAGGAAAAGCUAAUCCAGGCUUAAGGGGGAAAAGGAAAGUCAAAUGCAACAGGGCGAGGGGGUAUAUACAUUUAAGUACAAGGUUAUAGCGUUUAGCUUUCAAAUGAAAAUACUGUAAUAUUAUGUUUAGGGUUCUUUAGACAUGACAUUAUUAAGAGAAGGGAACAUGGCUCUCACUCGCACUUCUAGAAACGUGGGAGGGUCUGAAGGGUUUCUGUUCUAAACCGUAGCGCCAUGGUUUUAGGGUCGAGACCAGUUCACCCCAGAUAACCGUCUAAGUGAGACUCCCAGGGCCGGCAGCGUGACCGUGUUUGUCUUUUUCUUUCUCCUUCAUUCCCGUGGGGGAACAUAACCUAACUCUAGAAGGGCUUGUGUUUCUGUUUGACACUCCAUUCAUUUGAAGAGUUUGAGCGUAAAUACACAACAGUAAUGAGACCAACUUAUUUGAGUGUUUUGUACAAGCUUGUUAAUGUAUGCAACGCUUAUUAAAUUGAGAUCACGUUGAGGUCAACCGACUGUCGGUUGGGCAUCAAAGGGUUAAAAAGCUGCAUUCUCCUCCAACAGCAACUUUUGUAACCUUUGUGUAAAACAAACGCAUUAGAGACUUGCUAUAUACGUAUAUUUCAUAUCAUAUUUUAGUAAGAAGCCUCCCUGAUUUCUGAUCUGCUCCUGUUUUUAAUUUUGCUUCUCUAUGUUUCCCCAUGUCUUCAUAAAUUCACAAUAAUUUUCUACUGCACCAUUUCCAUCACUACACUUGGCUCCAUGUCCGAGUUUCUCGUUUUAACUUUUUAUUGUUGUUUCGCCGCCAUCAACGAGUCGUGUUCACACUGUCCAGAUUUUACAUUGAUAACCUUCCAGCAUGUCAUAGGAUGUCCUCUACUUACCGGUAGGCUUUUAAUUUGAAACAUUUACAGGAAGUGCAGAGUUUCAGAGGCAGUAACUUUAAAAGCAAUUAAAAAAAAAAAACCUGCAACUGUAUUUCUGUUCUGACUCUGUAUGGAUCCAUGGUUCUGAAUCUGACCAUGUGAGACCUGACCGUGCAGUAACUCCACCCUCAGUCUUCAACCCAGCUGUUGGACACUCCUAUUAUUUAAAUAGCAGCUUCGAUUUGGGAAGUUCUGGUGUAGCUGGAUGCCAGAGUGUUAUCGGAAGUGUUUCUUUUCUGUUUGUUAUUUUAACUAUGUGAUAUUCUACUGGCUUAUGUUGUAUUAUUUGCACACAGCUUAAAACUAAAAUGUCAGUGUGGUAUACACACUUUGAAAAAGAAAAAAAAGUCAAUAAAAUGUAAGCAACUCCUAGAGGAUUGGUUAUUGGUAAGAGGAAUAUUGUUUUGUAUACAAACGUAUUCUUACAUUACGCCAGUCUUUUUUUAAUGUAUUCUAAAGGAAAUAAAUUGUAACUUGAGAAUUCCCUCA